AUGUUCCAUGGAUUGCCAAGUGAAGACCCCAUUGACCACCUUGAUGAGUUUGAUAGGCUUUGUGAUUUGACAAAGAUCAAUGGUGUCUCUGAAGAUGCCAUCAAGCUGAGACUCUUUCCUAUUAGGGAUGUGAUUUCGGGUCAGCCCGACCCAUUUAGGCCCGUCCCGAAUAAACCCGACCCAUUUAGACCCGUUCCGUUUAGACCCUUUAAAUUUUUGAACCCGUUUGGGCCUGCUUGUUUAGGCCCGGCUAAAUUGUUCAAGCCCGUGUAG